UCAGGCGAAAGAGGCUGCGCUUGCGUUUUUCUGCCACUGUGCAUUCCAAAGCUCUGGUACCAUGUAGCUCAAGAUCAUUGCAGGUGUCUCUAAGUGCUGCGUAUCGUUCCUGGACACCGGGGGGUAAAAACACAUCGGCUUUAAAAUCCUUUAUCUUGUAUUUUAAGCGUAGCUUCUCUGGAUUUAUGAUCUCGUGUAUCUGUAUGUUUUAGUUCAUUUUGUUAGUGACAUCCGCAGUGUCGCCAAGGGAAAAAAAACAAUCUUUGCUGAUCAUCAUCCCCAGAUCCCGUUUGCCUGCACCCUCUAGCUGUGAAUGGGCUGUGCUUUGUGAUUAUCUGCAGUCACUUUAGAGUCAUUUCUGGAAGAAGAUGGCGGACAGGGCUGAGAUGUUUUCUCUCUCCACCUUCCAUUCCCUCUCUCCUCCGGGCUGCAGGCCAGCUCAUGACAUCAGCCUGGAGGAAUUUGAUGAUGAGGAUUUAUCAGAAAUUACAGAUGACUGCGGAAUUGGACUAAACUAUGAUUCAGAUCCUUAUGAGAAGGACUGUCUUAUCCUGGAGAAGAAUGACCUCCAUCACCCAGUGUGCUCCUUCCAGGAUGACUUUCAGGAGUUUGAGAUGAUUGACGAUAAUGAUGACGAGGAGGAAGAAGAGGAGGAAGAAGUUGACCCUGAGGCCCCGCCCUCCCCCUCUGCCUCUCCUCCUGCCUCACCCUUGGGCACAACACAGAAGAGCCGACCGACCACACUGAACCUCCAAGCACCAGUCUCUCAGGAUUCUCUGAAUAAUAAUGGCAGUUUUUCUCCACGGAAAGCCAACUGGCAGGAAGCUCUUCGUCAUUCAUCUUCACGCGGACAUUUGUCUCCUUCCCAUUUUUGCCUUGAAGACAGUACCCAUCAGAAUGGCCAGUGUGCUGCAGCACCAAGUGCUGGGUCUCAAAGCAAAGGUACACCCACAAAACACUCAGGGGACACUGAACAGACACAAUCGCCACUCAGGCCCCUCCUGUACGACUUUGAGGGCAACAAACGGGAAACCCUGGAAUACGGUAAAAAAAUGUCUGACCCUCCCAUGGAAGAUUAUAAUAUGAACAUAACCUCUUCACCACCAUCUCCACUAUAUUCUCCAUUCCAUGACAGGCGGAUGUCUCCUAAACAAUAUCUCUCUUCAACAGGGUCUUUUGGUCAACACAAAAUGUCCACAAGUUCAGACACUGGAGUGGAACCCAACACGGAUAGUAUCAGCCCAGUCACAACCAUACCAGUGAUAGAUGAAGUCUCACAGAGCUCUGAUACUGAGGUUGACCAUGACCUGACCACUGACUGUGCCAAAAAGUGGAUGUGCCAAUAUAAACAGGCCAAUGAUACUUACACCGUCACCUCAGAGUCAGUGGCAGAUCCAGAAGUGGAGUAUGACCUUACAUUAGAUGGCACCAGUACGUGCCUGUCCCCUACCAACCCAGUAGUUAAUGAUGCUGGUACUCCAAUAUCAGAUGAUGAACUAGAUAAGGUCUUUGACAUUGAUUAUAUGGGAACACAAAGCAAGGACUGUGUCUCAAAAGAACCAGAGUGUUCAUCGUAUGUUGAGUUUCCUCCAAUUGAGCCUACUUCAUUCUGCAUUUCCAGUUCCCCUGCAAGUCAAUCAAAUGCAGAACUAGACCGACCACACAGUACCAGUGAUGCUAAUGUACAUAGUCACCCACCUUCUUCAUCCAAUGAGACAGCCUCUCCUUCUUCCGACCCAGGCAUUGAAGCAGAUCUCAGGAGUAAAGGAAGGUACAUGCCAUCCGGUAAUCACACUGACGAUCUUAGCUCUCCAGGUUCUGAUUCUGACAUUGAAGGAGAAAUAGAGGCUGCCUUCGCCUGUGGAGACCACUUGGUCAGUAACAUGAUCUCAUCUAUCUCUGAGACAGAGUUGGACCUCACCAGUGAGAGCAGCAGUGGCCGGUCCUCACACCUCACCAACUCUAUUGAAGAAGCAAGCUCUCCCGCCUCUGACCAAGAGCUUGAGACAGAGUUAGAGGCAGAGAGUGGCAUAAUUGGCAUCAAGGCCUCCUUGCUUCUUGGGCAGUCCGAUUCCUAUGAAGUUACUUCACCAAUGUUAGAAAUGGAAGUCAAACCACAACUUGAUGAUGAUCAAGCAUUAAUGGGUCUUCAAAAUGUCGAUGGACUUACAUAUGAACACAUCGCAGACCCAGAUGAAACCUUGCCACCAACAGACCACGGCGAAGACCACCUCAUGAGACAAUUAGUUCUUAAGAUUGAACCUGACCACAGCUUAGAGAGUUUCAAGAGAUCCUUUUACUUGCCGAUAGGGCCCAAACUGAUGCCUGAUAUGGACAAUGAAGAAGGUAAUAGUGAGUAUGAUUCAGACUCGGAUUCAGAAGCUGACCUGAGUGAAGACGCUGACUCCCCCUGGCUCCUGAGUAACCUUGUAAAUAAAAUGAUUUCAGAAGGCUCUUAUCCCAUAAGCUGUCCAGAGGAGUGCUUCAAGAGGUCUGGCUCAAUAUCUGACACUAUUUCGCCAAUGUCAGAUUUGGAGACAGAUGCUUUUAAUGAACCCCUAGACAGCCAAGACCACCAGUUGAGUUUGAGUAGUGAUGUAUGGACAAAAAACUCUAAGGAAGGCCUCUUAGAUACAGAGACUAAUAAAGAAAGUUUUUCAAAUAAGGAACCAGAUGGCAGUGAAGGUUGCAAUACUUCAGACUCCAGAAGCAAAGCCAAAGAUACGAUGAUAAACUCUGAAUUUAAACUAGAUUCAGCUGGCACCAUUGAAAUUUCCGGCCUGUGUUUAUACAUGAGCAACCCUACCCAUGACACAAUCACUCCAGUCUUUGUUGAUCGAUAUAAUAGUGCAGUCAGUGCACACAAUAUGAAAAGCCAAGGAAUGCAUGCAUCUGAUACAGAUAAAGCCUAUAUGCAUAUCAAGGAUUCAUCUGUUAGCGCUACAGUUGCCAAGUCUACAAAGAACCUUAAAGAGGACACAAUGGAGCCUAAUAAUGAUCUAUCUAUGAAUUCAAAUGGAUCAGUAUCUCCAUCUGCAAGUGAGCAGCUAGACACUGACAAAGAUGAAGGCAGAGAAGACACAAGUGUGUUUGAUCGUAUUAAAGAGGUUAAGAAUAGUUUGACUCUUGAUAUUCCCAUCGCCCAAACAAACAGGUGCUUCAACUUGACCUACUCCACUGACAAAGAAGAAGAAUCAUUUCUUGAGAGCAUCAAGAAGUCUCCAUAUCAUGAUCACUGCUUGGACAACUCCCCUUCUGUGGAUGAUAACUUAGAUGAACUCCCUCCUAUAAAUGUGUUGGCACCCAAGCAGAGAGAUGAAUCCCUGGCUUACGACUCCAUUAAGUACACUCUGGUGGUGGAUGAAAACACAACCCUGGAGCUGGUUAGCUUGAAAAGAUGCACCUCUAUCCUGAGUGAUGACAGCGAGAUCUCCACCAUCUGUGAUAAUUGUGACCUGGAGGGGGACAAUGAAUUUGAUGAUGAUGUCAACGGACCAGAAGUCCUCAGCUCAUCUGAAGAUUCAUCCCCUGAAGCCGAUGUGCAGUUUUCCAAGAAGUUCUUGAAUGUCUUUGUGAACAGCACAUCAAGAUCCUCAAGUACAGAGUCAUUUGGCCUUUUCUCAUGCACAAUAAAUGGAGAAGAAAGAGAACAGACCCACAGAGCUGUCUUCAGGUUUGUCCCUCGGCACGAGGAUGAAUUGGAGCUGGAUGUGGAUGACCCACUUUUUGUGGAAGUGGAGGAAGAUGAUUACUGGUACAGGGGUUACAACAUGCGCACUGGAGAGAGGGGGAUUUUUCCAGCAUACUAUGCUCAUGCAGUGGUGAGCCAAGCCAAAGAAUUUAUUGGAAUGAAGAGGAACACUGGCUGGGUGGAGAGGUACAACGUUCAAUUCCUGGGCUCAGUGGAAGUCCCAUAUCAUCAGGGCAACGGUAUCCUGUGUGCUGCCAUGCAGAAAAUUGCAACUACAAGGAAGCAAACUGUCCACCUGAGGCCUCCGUCCACAUGCGACCUGGAAAUAAGCCUUCAAGGGGUCAAACUGGUCAUGAGCUUGGAUGAGUAUGGAGGUGACAAUGAGUUUGACAGGUGCAGUCACUUCUUCCAGAUGAAGAAUAUCUCCUACUGCGGCUGUCACCCUAAAAACAGCUGCUACUUUGGGUUCAUCACCAAACAUCCGGUACUGAACCGCUUUGCCUGUCACGUGUUUGUAUCCCAGGAGUCAAUGCGCUGUGUAGCUGACAGUGUGGGACGAGCGUUCCACGAGUAUUAUCAGGAGCAUCUGGAGUAUGCCUGCCCCACAGAGGACAUUUACCUGGAGUAAGAUGAUCCAUACCAAUCCCCUGGAUCUGUAUGUCCUUCAGGCACACCACAGGGGGGUUCUCAAGCCUUUUUCUCUUGUAAAAUACGUUUUCUUUCCAAAGUGGGAUCUUUAUUUCACCCUCCUCCACCUUUGCGACAUGCCCAGAAUGAAUGUCCAUGGGUUUAUUUUAUUUAUUUUUAGGGUUUUAGGUAAACAGGUUGGCUUAAGAACAGCCUUUUGAACAUCAACCAAAAUGAGGAAAAUACUCUACUACUGUACAUGUUUGACUUUCAUGCAUGUCUUUAACACAAAAAAUACAAAGUGUGAUUUAAAUAUAUAAAAAUAUGUCUCUAGGGGAUUGUACAGCCUUUGUAAAAGAAGUAGAAGGAAAUUCUUCACAUUGUUUUUUUUUUGCAUCUGGUUGAACUGGAAGCCUUGAGAUGUGAAUUUGAAUAAGUUUAAAAAGAUGAAAUGAGUGCAAACCAAAAUACCAUGGAGAGAAGCAGGCAGGUGCACGUCUACUGUGGCAGCACACACACAUAAGACACAUUAACUCCAUAAUUGAGGAAGAGACUGGGGAAAUGGGGCUAUAAAAUGCCAGCCAAUGUUUGAUAUGUAUUGUAUAUAUGUAUAGACAGCGAAGACAAGAGAGACAACUCAUUCAUUUGUUAGAUGUAAUUAACAUCCAUAAUAAUUAUCAAAAGGCAGGUUAACUGGCGGUAGGUUGUGUUGAAGAAAACCUCAUUCAAUGGUUCUAGAUGGCAAUGCAUUCCUUACUGGCAUAGAAAACGGUUUAUUGUCAUGAUAAUUAAAAGCAAUUAAUUGAAAAGAAUGGCAUGAUAAAUUAAUCUUUCGUUUGUAUAAUUGUGUGCUGAUGCAUAUCGGUUGUGAAUAUAUUUAAAAAAAACAAUAAUGCUUUUGAUUUGAGAAGGCAUUGAUGCUAAACCCUUCUGAGCACCACUGAACAGUGGCAGUUUGAUGGUGUCCAUUCAUUGGUCAAUAUCGACUAAGGCAAUCCAAUCAAUCCGCCCAUGCAAGUUGUCCAAUUACUGAUAUUGUACACUGCAGCCCCAGGUCACAGCCAGUUGCACUCAUACUCUGCUGGUGUUACUCUGGUUUGUAACUUGUAUAAAACAAUGCAUUUUUUUAAAAAAAAAAUUUUAUCAGCGCUCUUUUAAAAGGGAAUAGAAGAGUGGUUCUUGGUUUGAUGAUGUCACUGAAAGGCUUAACAUCCCAAAAGAUCUUCAUCCUGUUGUGCAUUGUGUUUGUCUGCUUUCUCCCCUUGUGUGUCUGUCUGUGCUAGCUAGAUAAGGUUUUCUGAGGAAAGGUUAUUUUAAUCUUUCUUCACAAUAUUUUCUGUGAACGGAACAGUUGUGAUGUGAAUUAUAUAGCUAAUGGAACAUGUUCAGACGUGUCCCCCUACUGGUCAUUAUCUGCAUUGAUGUUUGUUUCAGGUUUCACAUAUCUAAGUGUGCUGUGCAUUCACCAGAUUUUCUCUCUCCUUCCCAAUAGAGAAGACUUACAGCAUCUUCUGUCAGUGAGCUGAAAUACAGUGUUUCUUUUCUAUCAUGAGGUUUCUCAUAAAGAGUGCACCUACUCAUUGUUAGUCAGGGAAUACAGCAAGCCCUGGAUAUAAUCUUUCCAAUAUAUUAGGAACAUUUUAUCAAAUACGAAAGGAUAUUCAGAUGAAAAUCGUUUGUGCUUUGUUUGUAGAAAAAGCUUUCGCUAUAUAGAUUUUCAAUGAUCAGGAUCUGUUUUCUCUGAAGGGAAGUAGUCAUGUGAGGUUCUCUAAAUAGCUGGCUUUAACACAGAAACUGAAGCACAGUCAAGUAUGGGUAAUAAACAAGGACUGAGGAGACCAUUGGUGUGGCAGGUUGAGAAUGAGACUUUGGUGCACUGACAAGACAAACCAUUUUAAUAGUAAUCUUAACUUAUUGGCAUAUAAACUCUUAACGUCUUCACGAUUUAAAAGGAGUCAUAUCUUGUAAAGUGCUUUGUGAUGGUGGUCCACUAUGAAAAGUGCUAUAUAAAACAAAGAUUGAUUGAUAUAUAUUGAUCUCAGUAACUAAUAAUUUAAAGUACUGCUGAAUAUUUCCUGCUCUGCAAACUAUUGCUCUGCUUAUCCAAGGUGAAUAUAAAGUUAGCAUCUCACUUUGCAAUGCUAAUGGGAAAAGAAAAAAAUAUAUAUGGCAGACUGGGACUCUGAGUGACCAAAGUUCCAAAAGAAACUUGUAGCUGACCACUGCAAAUGUAAUUACACGAAUACGUAUUGUGUUUGUCCCAAGGACAGGUUCUAUUGUAGAGUGGCAUAGUGACUUAUAUCCACCCUGUAAAGCAGACAUGUAAUGUAAUUUUAGAUUUAAUUUCCCCUCAGUCUUUCUGCCUCAAUAACAUUCUACAACCCCCCCACCGCCGCGCACACACACACACACACACACAGUUUCUAAAACUCCCAUGUGUUUGUAAUUAAAGGGUGUGCAGAUGUCAAGAAUUAACAGGUCAACACCUGUCUAUUUACCUAUUGUAAAUAUUUUUUUUAAACAAAUUAUUUCUUUAGCAAACUCUUGUAUUGUGUUGCAGCUUAUUUAAAUGAUGCAGGCGAGCUUGUACUGUCUUCAAGUCUAAAGAUAUUAUGGUAUGCUGUAAGCACUGAGUGCAGAUUUUCAAAAACCUGAACAGCCAGGUAAUAUACUACUCAACUAAGACCAUUAAUGCUAUUCUGUUUAUAAGUAGUUGCAAUUACCAGUUGAAUUUAAAUAAGUAGCAUUCAGUAACAUUAGGAAGGGCAAUACUAGUUUUAAACGUACACAGGCUGUUUUUAUAGUGUUGAUACAUUUUGAGUGUUGCAAAACAGUAACAGUGAAAACAUCAUGAUGUCAGUGCUGGUGUUUUUGUUGACCUGGUUUUCUUUAGACUUUCACACACACCUGUCUUGUAAAUAUGAUCUUCCUUCCUGUGUCAUUACCACUAGCCUUACAUAUUUCUGUAGUGGGGGUCUUGGAAUUGUACCACAAUCACCAUGGAAACAGAAUGUUUGCUUCUUGUACAUACCAUACAUGUACAACUUCCUCUCUCUAACCAAAGGUGGUAGUUGUUAGAACUUUAAGAAGUGAAUUGUUUGAAAGGGAAUAGAUGGGUGGAAUGUGGAAUUGAGGGGUGGGGGGGUGGUUCUGUUAGUUUGUGCCCAUUGAUAAUAACAUUGUGCAUUAUCAAAUGUGAGUAUCGGAGUAGUGCUCUGUCAUUCAACUUUGAAGUGACUGCAAAGACCAUGACAUCUCACCUCCCAUCUAUAGAGCAUGACUGGCCUGCAUGGACCACCUGUGUUUAUCUGGGUAGCAUUUUAUAUUCCAUCUACUAUACACAGCAAUUAUUGCUGAAUUAUGCAUCCCAACAACUCCUGUGUCUGCUCAUUUCGACCUUUUGCAUAAAGCACAUUUGAAUGGAAAUAGUAGAAUUCCCUUGUAUUAAUUUAUAUUAAAUUGGUACUGAGACAUAUCUAGUAACUUUUGGGAGUUACACUCAAAGGUUUAAAUUCAGGAGUUGGCAGGUAUGAUGAGUGCUUUAUACUAUAAUAAUAAAUUUUACUUAUAAAGCACCUUUCCAAUCCCUAUAAAUAUACAUUUCUUAAUUUAUACAAAAUUACAAUAUUGUCAGUGCAUGUACUUUUCUAAAUUCAAAAUGCCCCCCCCCCUUUUGCUGUAUGUAUAUACAGUAUAUACAGAUGUGAAUGAGAACCUACUGUUUACUUUUCAUUACGACAGCUACUAAAUUGUUGACAUAAGUUUGUAUCCAUUUUGUGAAUUUAUGGCAUCCCUCCUGUUUACAAGUUGGAGACUGCAAUGAAGCCACACACUCACACACAAAUUACCUUACAUAACUAAUCAGUUUUAAUGUUCAAAUGUUACUUUAUGUAUAAGAAAGUGUUGCACAGUGAUUUGAAACAACAGACAACAACAUGGAGGGGCUCCAAAAACAGUAAAUGUUAAGUGGUUUUGUUUCCUCAUGGGCAGUUGUUUGGCAUAAAUCCUACACAUUGUACCACAGCAGUCAGGUGGUCUUGCAUGACUAUAUGCUGCAUUCGUGACAAGCUUAGCCUUUUGAGCACCAAAUAGUCUUUAAUUAAAUCAGCUACAAAAUUGCUUGCAAAUUCCUCCUGAUGAAUUUUAAACUGAAAUUAUUAUCUAAAAUGAAAACAUAGAAAACAGAAAACAUUAUGAAUGAUUUAUUACUGUAAAUGAACGUACCCUCCCACAGCAGUUCACACAGAGCUUGGUUGCUAAAUUGCUAAUGGUAGUAGAGGCCAACUUAUUUAAAUGGAAUAUUUACCAAACAAUCAUUACUUAUUUCCUAUUUAUAGUGAAUUGAUAUGUGUGUCACGGUGUCUAAGUUCCUGAUCUCUUUAUUGGAUGGAUAGUUGUCUGAUGGCUGAAAUUGUUGACCUUGAGCAAGCUUCUGAUCAAAUCAGAUAACUGUUCAAUACUUAAGCUUAGAAGAGAACGAUCAUUAAAGUAACACCACACCAAGCAAUGAAAUCCAAUUUUAUAUAGGAAUGCAAUGUUUGUAAUCCGAGAAGAUAAUAAAAAUAUGUUACUUGGCAACAUUUACAGAAUAGAUUGUGAUGUAGAUCUGUGCUGCACCCUCUAUAAUAAUGCAAAUAGCUUACAUCUUUCCAGCCGUAUUUAAUUUUAAUAGUAUUCCCAUGGCAACCAAAAGUGGUACGUGAAACUGGGUUGUGACUGGAAUAACAAUAAAUAACAAAAAUGUAAAAUACCAUCUGCUAUUCUUGAUCAUUAUAAUUCUAAUACCGGUAUAUACAAAAAAAACAAACAAACAAACAAAAAACCAUAGCUUGUGCAGUUUAGCAUCAAUGCCAUUUAAAAAGUGUACUUUUACAGAGUAAAUGAAGCAAUUAUACAAUUAUAUUAAAACAUCUGUCAAGAAAUACACUGCACAGGACACAUUUGUUUUCUUUGAAGGGAAUAAUAUUUAUUUGUUUGUUUGUUUGUUUGUUUGUUUGCUUAAUAACCAAAAUUCAUUUGUAGUUGUUAUGGACCACUAUGUGAUAAGCAAGAUUAAUUGUGUACAAACACUGCCAAUAUUUGUGUAGAGGUUUGUGCAAGCUUGUCUCGGCCAUGCAGCUGUAGUUUUGUAAAGCAAAUGGCAUGCACUGUAUGUCGUAUAAGAAACAUUUGUGUAUGAACAGAUGUUUUACUUUUCCCUGCUCUGGAGAAGUUCAGAUCUUUUAUCGCAGUUGCAUACACAAAAAGCAUUGCAAAUUGCUAUGGUAUUCUUGAUAAUCUGUUCUGUUGCUUUUUAUUUCUGCUGACAUGACAAGUUUUGUUUUGAUGAAAGAGAGGCUUAUGGCAUUUUAAAAACUAACAGCUGCUUCUGUCCUGCUCUCCUUCCCCCUCCCUGACCGGAACAAUUUCUCAAAUGGAUUCUUCUAGGCUGUAUAAUCCAUAAUGAUGUAACUUAAAUUAAACUGAUAUUCCUCACUGUAUAACUAUAACACAUCAGUAUGUAACAAAUAAUAUUAUCUUGUAUCUUUAAAAAAAAAAAAAAGGACUUGUAAAAAAAAAAAAACACACAAAAAAAAUCUUUAUUCACACUGCCUUGUCAUGGAUUUGGUCUUAUGAAUAAAAUAUAUGCUUGGUGUCAA